AUGGCAGUCGCAAAUAUGCUCACGUGUUGUCUGUCUGAGGAGAAGAAGAUCGCACAACGCGUCAGCCAGGAGAUUGAAAAGGAAUUGCGACCGAGAGUCCAAACGCGAACUCAAGCUUCUGCUUCUCGGUAUGUAAUGCUCACGUGUUGUCUGUCUGAGGAGAAGAAGAUCGCACAACGCGUCAGCCAGGAGAUUGAAAAGGAAUUGCGACGUUCCAAGCGAGAGUCCAAACGCGAACUCAAGCUUCUGCUUCUCGGCACUGGAGAGUCUGGCAAGUCAACGUUCAUCAAGCAAAUGCGGAUUAUUCACGGAGACGGUUUUUCGAAGGAGGAGAAGCGGAAAUUCUCACGGCUUGUUUACCGGAAUCUCAUUGCAGCUAUGAAGUGUCUCAUUGAAGCUGCGACAUUUUGCAACAUUCCGUAUUCUGGUGCUAAAAGUGAAGACUACGUGAGGUUGGUGAAAUCUGUGGAUUGCUCAAAUUUGUUGGCGUUGGACGCCGAAUUGGUUGAAGCCUUGAGGGCACUCUGGGCCGACGCCGGGAUUCAGCAGUGUGUCAGUGAUCGCCGUCGGGAUUUUCAUCUUCCGGAUUCGGCUCAUUAUUACCUUUCGGAAAUGACGAGAAUAUCUGAUGUGGAUUACUUGCCGUCCGAGCAAGACAUCCUGCGAGUGAGAGUGCCUACGACGGGAAUCGUCGAAUACGUCUUCGACAUUGACAAAAUUCGCUUCAGAAUGGUGGACGUCGGUGGUCAGCGAGGAGAGCGCAGCAAGUGGAUCCACUGUUUCGACAACGUUUGCUCAAUUCUGUUCUUGGUUGCAUUGUCCGAAUAUGAUCAAGUUCUGGCCGAAGCGAAGGACGGAACUAACCGGAUGGAGGAGAGCAAAGCGUUAUUCUUGACCAUCCUGAUGGAACCGACGUUUUACAACGCGUCGAUGAUUCUGUUUAUGAACAAGACGGACAUUUUCAAGGAGAAAAUAACUUAUUCGUCCCUGCGGGAUUAUUUUCCGGAGUACCCCGGCCCGGAAGGCGGCUACGAAGAGUCCCGUAACUUCGUUGCCAAAAUGUUUGAGGAUCUCAAUCCGUACCCCAAGUCGAAGAAGUCCAUUUACACGCAUUUUACUUGUGCAACAGAUACUGAAAACAUGAGUUUCAUCUUUGCUGCUGUCAAGGACACGAUUUUACAGCACAACAUCGAAACGCUCAACAUUGUCGCGUCGGUCGAUUCAGCCGACGGUAAUCCCUUGCUUCGGGUGGCAGUUGGCGGGUCGAGGGACUUCCAGUCCUUCACGCGCCCUCGUGGUCGCCGGAUGUUGGCAGCUAUCAUGGCUUGUUGCCUGAGUGAAGAGCAAAAGGAGCAAAAACGCAUCAACCAAGAAAUCGAGAAGCAGUUGAAGAAAGACAAGCGUGAUGCCCGUCGGGAACUGAAACUUCUUCUUCUAGAAGCGAAACGCAUUAACCAGGAAAUUGAACGGGAACUGAAGCGCGGGAAGCGAGAAGCCCGGAGGGAACUCAAAUUGCUUCUGCUUGGAACUGGAGAAUCAGGAAAAUCGACAUUCAUCAAGCAGAUGCGUAUUAUCCAUGGCGCUGGUUACUCAGACGAAGAUAAACGCGGGUUCAUCAAGCUAGUCUACCAGAAUAUUUUCAUGGCCAUGCAAUCCAUGAUCAAGGCCAUGGAAAUGCUUAAAAUCCCCUACGGCGAGUCGACAAGCUCUGAAAAAGCGGAGCUGGUGCGGUCAAUCGAUUAUGAAACUGUCGGCAGUUUUGAGGAACCCUAUGUGAGUGCGAUCAAAGCACUGUGGCAGGACAAAGGCAUCCAAGUGUGCUACGACCGAAGGAGGGAAUAUCAGCUCACCGAUUCCGCCAAAUACUAUUUAUCGGACAUUGACCGAAUAGCCGUGAAUGAUUACCUGCCAACGCAACAGGACAUCCUCCGUGUGCGAGUGCCGACGACGGGGAUCGUAGAAUACAUAUUUGAUCUUGAAGAAAUUAGGUUUAGUUAUUUAAGUGAUAUCGACAGGAUUUCUGACCCCGGUUACUUGCCAACGGAGCAGGACAUUCUCCGAGCCAGAGCGCCGACGACCGGUAUCACGGAAUAUCCGUUCGAUUUGAACUCCAUCAUUUUCCGGAUGGUGGACGUGGGAGGACAGCGCAGCGAGCGCCGGAAGUGGAUCCACUGUUUCGAGAACGUAACGUCGAUCAUUUUCCUCGUGGCUUUGUCCGAAUACGACCAGAUCCUGUAUGAGUCUGAGAAGGAGAAUCGAAUGGAGGAGAGCAAAGCUUUGUUCAAGACGAUUAUCAUGUACCCAUGGUUCCAGCAUUCCUCGGUCAUUCUCUUUCUAAACAAGAAGGAUCUUCUCGAGGAAAAAAUUAUGCAAUCCCACCUCGUCGACUACUUCCCUGAGUACGAAGGACCAAAAUUGGAUCAUGUAGCAGCGAGAGAAUUCGUCUUGAAGAUGUAUUUGGACCAAAAUCCGAGUCCUGACCGCAUGUGCUACUCCCAUUUCACUUGUGCUACAGGUCCUCAGCGGGACGCCAUUGCGGCGAGGGAAUUCAUCCUGAGGAUGUUCGUAGACUUGAAUCCUGAUAGUGAGAAGAUCAUUUACUCCCAUUUCACUUGUGCCACAGCAGCGAGAGAAUUCGUCUUGAAGAUGUAUUUGGACCAAAAUCCGAGUCCUGACCGCAUGUGCUACUCCCAUUUCACUUGUGCUACAGGUCCUCAGCGGGACGCCAUUGCGGCGAGGGAAUUCAUCCUGAGGAUGUUCGUAGACUUGAAUCCUGAUAGUGAGAAGAUCAUUUACUCCCAUUUCACUUGUGCCACAGAUACGGAGAACAUCCGGUUUGUAUUCGCAGCCGUCAAGGACACCAUACUUCAGAGUAAUCUGAAGGAGUACAAUUUGGUCUAGUGCUCGUUUUGUUUCCGUGCGAGGUUGGCGGAAGGUUCUCUUUCGGUUUGAGUUCAUUUUUUGUCUUAGCGAGAAGGGAGGAAAAACGAAAAGAAUUUUCCCGGAUGAUGAUGAGUCGAAGAAGCAGAAGUCGACACGAAAAAGAGGAACACUUCUGGGUCCGAAUUCUACUCCAUUCAAGUGUUUUCUUUUUCUAAUUUUGAAUGCCAGUGUUCGGUGCUUGCGAUCCGCCAAGUCUUGAAGGCGCUCCCCGGGGGUAAAAGAGGAAGAAAGAGGAACAUUAUUCUGGUUUCGUCGUCCCCCCCGCCCAGCAGUUUAACGUCGUUGCGAAGCUAGCACGCUUUCGAUGUUCAGCUUUACGUUGGCCGUCGGCAGGCGUGGGCGACGUGUGAAUUUGUAUCGGCUACGUUCGGAUUUAUUUAUGUUAUUUUUUGUUUCGAAAACAAACGUCCGUUUCAAUCGACAAAGCUCGCCUCUUUUUUUUCCCCCGACGAAUCCAAAAAGUCGUGUUGCCGUAAAAGAAGAAGAAAAACGGAUUUUUUUCUUCCUUAUCCUUUGUAAAAAAAGUUGCGAGGAAUUUUACAUCGGUUCGCUUACUUGAUUUCUUUUUUACAGUACGGUGCUUGGUUCGAUGGGGAAAGGAGCGAGUUUAGGCGAGAAGGACGUUUGGUUUUUCGGUCGGAAGGAUAGCCGGGGAUUAGUUACUAGGAAAGGAAGGCUUACCAAUGUUCGGUUGCUCGUCGCGUGUAAUUAUUUAUUUUUGAGGUUUUUUUUUAUUUCCCAGCGAACGACCCGCUGGCUUGUGAUCGUAUUUUGUUUUUUUCCCCGAAAUCUGAAUGUUGUGUUCGCGUGUCCUUGUUUGUUUGAGGAUCUUUCACGACUGUCGACGAAUUAGAGGCCCCAUUCGUGUGAUGCAAUAACGGUUGCUUUGGGUCCGAUGUAACGCAGGAAUGUCAUGCCAAAAUUAGGGGAAACGAUUUGUGUGUGUGGGGGGGGGGGGUAUAAUCAAAAAAAGAAAAACUCGCCGAUUUUGCUCGAAAAAAAAGUCAUCGGUUUUAUUUUCGGGGGAGGGAAAACGGAAACGGCUCACAGGCAUAGGGGGUAUUUUGAGAAGCGUUCGGUUUGUCGGCAUGCAUCCGGUUUUCAUUGGCACUCUUCCGACGCGGAGGGAAAGUAUUGUGAAAGGGUGACGCCGAGCUGCCCCCCCUUUUUCCGGUCCCAUCGGUUCUUUUUUUUUUGUGUGAUAGCGAAUGUAAUGAUCAGCACAACUUACCUUGGCCAAAAAGUGAGUUGCUCUUCUUCGUCGUGAUGCUAUUUUGUGUCCCGUUUCGCGAAAUCAUGGUGCAUUUACUGACUGAGAAUUGACCCCCGUCUUUGCACUGUCAUAAUUCGUAUCUUUGGAGUGCGUUUACGUCUGCAAACGUCUUCUUGCUAAUGAAUUCAUGACUGCCUUAUUUCUGCGAUUAUAGGCCGCACAUUUUUACUCCCCGACAGAUGCGCGUUUAAGAUCUCGGGUGCAGCCUGUUUUUGAGAAUAGGCCGCCAGUGACCAGAGUGGCCUAUAUUCAAUAAUAUGAGAGUGGUAAGAGAUUAAGUCAGGGCAUGAUUUGGAAAGACAAAAACCUUGCCUUGGGGAGGGGAGGGGUAAAGCACCUAGCCUGGUGUUUUGGUGGGUCAUUUGCGUAUCGCGGGAGUUUUUAUCAAGAACUUUAAUUUGCAUACUAUUUAAAUACCUUUGAAAUUUCAUAAACCAAAUGCGAUUACUGUGUAAUGCGUGUAUUCGUUGCAUUUUUUCCUCUGAAAUUCCAAAAAUUUUCCAAUUGUUUCGUCGACGAAUCGCUGCCCUGAAUUAAAGUGCGGCCCAUAUUCGCGUUAAUAAGGUACGGUACUUUAAUUUGUAAAAAAAAAAAAAAGAAAAAAAUGGAUCCUUCUGGUCAUAUCAAGGUGAGCAAUCAAGUCCAUUAGGGUUUUAGAAGGGUUUUUGCCUCAUUCCUCGACACUUGAGGAAUGCUUGAUAUUCGUGAAAGUGCAGUUAUUCACCUCUUCACCCAGUUGGUCACCAUCGCUUCGACAAGAAAUUCUGCAUGCGGUCCCUCGUAGAAAUGUCUGGUUUUCGGGAAGUCGUUCUGAUCAUUAAGGAUUUUUUUUCUGAGUGCGGGAGGAUUUUAACGAGUGCUGACGUCGCUUACUACCGUGUGAUUUUCUACUCCGACUUUCUGACCCCCCUCACAAAACGUCGUAGCUGAGGAAGAAGCAGAAACACGGAGCGAAAGGGAGUCUUCUUUGCUUGUUCGUUUUGAGCGUGAGAGGCGAGCUUGUGCUUCGUCGCCUUUUUUUUCGAAAAGGGAAGGGAAUCGUGGCUAGAAGCUCUUCGGAAGGGAGGAUAACUCGUGUGUAUGUGAGUCGUGGUCCGGGGGUUUCCUGAAAAGUGGGGGGGUCUGAUUUUUUGCCCCCUCCCUGAAGGGGUUUUCUUGGGGCUGCUAUAAAUGCGAGAUGCAGGUGCGAGUGCGGGCGUGAGUGUGGACGAUUAUGACUUUUUCUUUGGAAAUGGAGGAUCGGGCAUGAUUGCGCUGUUUAUGCUACUGGUUUAUUAUUGGGGACAUUCAUUGCCUUGAAUAAAAACGGCAAACUUCGUAAGAAAAACAAA